AUGUUGCAACAACAACCACUCCACAACGAUCCAUACAUUUCUGUACCUUCUCUUCUCUCACGAUUGGAUUUUCAAACACGAGAGGAUUAUUUUGAGAUGGCCAAACUUUGUGAACAAGCUGAGCAUUAUCAAGAAAUGAAUUAUUGCAUGUGUAUGAUGGCCAUUCGAUACAGCACUAUUCAAGAAUUUACUUCCGACGAGAAUCAUUUACUUUCCGUUUCUUUUUCAAGACAAAUUGCCGAUCGAAGAUCGUCUUUGAGAUCGUUGGCACACAAAUUAUAUUCAACCUCUCAGCAAGCACGAGAACAUGCUCUCGUUUGCAAUUACUUUCACAAAAUUGAAAAUGAAUUGGAACACGUCUGUCAACAAGUAUUUCAUAUUUUAGAAAAUUAUUUAAUUCCGAAUAGUUCCCAAAUAGAGAAUCAAGUGUUUUAUUACAAAAUGUUGGGAGAUUAUUGUCGAUAUUUAUUGGAAGUGAAAUCAAUAACAUUGGAUGGCAUUGAUGUGAAACAAAAAGGACUGGACUCUUACAGUACAGCAUUGACAAUGGCUCAGAAAGGUCUCUCACCAUUCUCACUUUCUCGUCUUGGUCUCGUGUUGAAUUAUUGUGUAUUCAUGUAUGAGAUGUGUCGAAAACCAUUGAUGGCCAUUCAAAUGGCACAAAAGGCUUGUGAUGAAGCACAGCAAGCUCUUGAGGAUCAGCAGCCUUUGGAUGCUUCUACUGUGAAAGCUGCAAAAAGUGUCAUGCAAUUAUUGAAAGAUAAUGUGGCUUUUUUCAUUCAAGAGAGUGAAAUUGACCCAGAUGAAUUGUGA